GCUGGGAGAGUGUUUCUUGCUCUGGCUUCUUCGUCCGGUCCUACUUGAGGAUGCACGCAGCAGACCCCACCACAACCGGUCCGCCACCCACAUCGACUGUCACCACGAAGGCGAGCACUUUUCCUCCAACGACGACGCCAGCUACCACAACGAUGCCUACUACACAAACAACAACCACCACUCCGCAGGUCUCGACAACUACCCGGACAGUCGUUGUUACGAUGGGUCCUCCUAUUGCCCGGGACAUGUCUGCAGAAUGUGGCCGGUGGUGCCAAUACAAUGACAAUGACUGGGCAACAAAGUGCACGUGGAUUGGCUGCAGCCUUUGUGCUGGAUGCGGGACCACCGUGUCAUCCACAACUGCAGCACCCAGCACGCAAAGCACCACCAAAGUAACAACAACCACCCCAGCACCCACCACGACAACCACGACCAAAACCACCACUACCACCACCUCCACCAACCCAGCAACAACUUCUCCGAGUGGUCCUUGCGCAGCCCAGUAUGGACAGUGCGGUGGUAUGAAUCACAAUGGACCAACAUGCUGUCAGCCCGGAUCCACGUGUACCUUUGGAAAUGACUACUACUCGCAGUGCCUCCCGGGCUCAUCUCCCACCCCGUCCCCGACCCCUUCCCCUCCUCCUCCCACGCCAACCCCCUCACCACCUUCACCAACGCCAACCCCCUCGCCGCCUUCCCCGUCGCCGUCACCGAGCCCACCCGGCGUCAACCCCUUCGAGGGGCACCCCUGGUACGUCAACCCGUCCUACCGCGAUCUAUUGUCUACCUCCAUCAAUCUAACGAGCGGCACAGUACGCACAACCUUGGAGUCAAUGCAGAAUGUGCCAUCAGCCUUCUGGAUUGACGUAAAGUCCAAGAUCUACAAAGGGCAGGGUCACCCGGAUCACAGCACGGUGGAGGGCAUCCUCGAGGAUGCUGCAAGCUGUUCGCCACCCAGCCUUGUUGUGCUCAUCGUGUACGAUCUCCCUAACAGAGACUGCUUCGCGCUUGCCUCCAAUGGAGAGAUCUGUUGCCACUACGGCGAAGACAAGGGCCGAACGAAGUGCGACAUGUCAACCUCGGGGCCAAAUGCCGGCUUUUACCGGGAAGUGGUGGGAGCCAACUGUGCGGAUGGCCUGCAGGAGUACAAGGAGACCUACAUCGAUCCCUUUGCGGAAGUUGUGGGACGCUUUGCCGAUCGUGUGCCCAUUGUCUUGGUGAUUGAGCCUGACUCAUUGCCCAAUUUGGUUACGAACAUGAAGGACAAGAGGCCUGACAACUUCCGAGGCUGCCAUGACGAGACCAAGGUUGCCUACGAGGAAGGCAUCAAAUACGCCGUCGAGAAGCUGUCUGCGACAGGUGCGCAGCUCUACGUGGAUGCUGGACAUGGCGGCUGGCUCGGUUGGGCUAACAGUAAUGAUGACCAGACUGGAAAGUUUGCAAACAUCAUUGCCAGCAUGCAGAUUGCCCCAAAGGUCCGUGGCUUUGCCACGAACGUGGCGAACUACCAGCCCCUCGGAAAUCUGAUUUGCUCAGAGCCAGGCAAGUGCAAGGGUGAGAUGAGCAAUGACCCCUGCUGUGCCGAUGACCCAUGCAGUUUGCAGAAAGAUUGGAACUGGGCCCACAACGAGCUGAACUAUGUGGACGUCCUGGACUACAAGAUGCGAGCUGCCAUUCCUGGAUUCACUCCGUCCUUCAUCAUUGAUACCGGUCGCAACGGCAAGCCCAACACCCGAAGUGACUGCGGCAACUGGUGCAAUGCCCGUGGAGCGGGAGUUGGGCAUGUUCCGACGACGGCAACACCCGAUGCCCGCAUUGAUGCCUACUUCUGGCUGAAGACCCCAGGCGAAUCUGACGGCUGCACGGAGAUCUUGCCUGACGGCUCCAAUUGUCCGCGAUUUGAUGAGAUGUGCGCAUCUGUAGACUCACUGGGCAGCAGGAGCGGGGAGCCGCGUGCUCCAGAGGCGGGGCUCUGGUACCACUACCAGAUUGCCAUGCUGGCUGAGAACGCUGACAUGGGAGAUGCCUCCGUUUUCAGCGACCCCGGCAGCUGCGGCAGCAUUUCGGGUGCCCCGCAGGUCACUGUGCUCACGGAUGCUUCGGUGAGGAGUCCUACAGCUCGCCAUAGUUGGCGCUCAUCAAGUAUGCAGGCCUCGAACCAGGGCGUGACGAUGUUGGCUUUGAACACGCGCCAUGCCCGCAUGCUGUUCGUCACCGACAACGCGACUGAGGGCUUCGAAGGCAAGGACGGUGGUAUGGACCGUGCAUGCCGAGGAGCAACUGCAUCUGAUAACUCUCCGAACCACUACGAGGUUCAUUCUGUGGCCAGCCUAGACGAAUGCAAAGAAGUCUGCAUGGCAACAGAGGGUUGCAAGGGCAUCGAGUUCAGCAAAGGUCGCUGCGAGGUGUGGACUCGCCCAGGGGGAAUUCAGGCCACAAUUGAGCUAGCAGGAUUCAGCUGCUACACCUAUGGGGAGAUGUCGGUGGAGGAUGACUUCCUGCCCGUGGAUGGCGGGGUUGAUCGCGCAUGCCGAGGAGGAAGCAAAACAGACAACUCUCCAAACCAUUAUGAAGUGCACUCUGCGGCCAGUGUAGAUGAAUGCAAGGCAGUAUGUAUGGCAAUAGCAGGUUGCAAGGGCAUCGAGUACAGCGCUGGAAGAUGCGAAGUUUGGACGCGUGCCGGUGGCAUCCAAGCAAGCAUUGAGCUUUCGGGCUUCAGCUGCUAUACAUACGAAGGAAUGACUGUGCAAGGAGAGUUCGCUCCAAUUGACGGCGGCGUAGAUCGCGCUUGCCGAGGAGGCGGCAGCACAGACAACUCCCCAAACAAUUAUGAGGUUCAUCCGGCUGGCUCCAUGGAUGAAUGCAAGGCGGUUUGCAUGUCAAUCCAAAGCUGCAAAGGUAUUGAAUACAGUCCGGGACGGUGUGAAGUCUGGACGCGGGCAGAUGGCAUCGAAGCCUCUAUCCAACUUGCUGGUUUCAGUUGCUAUACGUACCAUCCCGGCCCGACCACCAUGGAGAAAUGCUCUCAAAUGAGUGAGGCCCAGAUGGCCCAGGCUCUAUCGGUUUCCCAAAUCCCGCUACCUUUCCCAAGGCACAGUCAAUGCUCUAGCUUUGGAAUGGCAAUCUCCUGCCGCCACGUGCAUUAUGCAGCCACCGCCAAGAAAGAUUGGCAGGCUGUGCUUUACAACGAUGCAAUGGGAAAGCCGCAGCUUGUGCUGCUGGAUGGCACCUCCAUAGCCACUACACAGACGCUUUCUUCGUCGCCGUUGGAGGUGAGGGGCGUGGACUUCGACCCGUCGGGUGGCUAUCUCGUAGUCCUCCUCAGUGGUGGCAGCACAUUUGACAGCCCGAGCCUGUUUAAGAAGUUUGCAGUGCCAAGCCUCCAGGAGGUGUGGAGCACCCCGAUUCGGGAUUCCCAGAUUGGCCUGGAGAGGUGGACUCCCGAUGCGGCCCAGUCCCUGGCCGUCUCCUCCAGUCGCUAUGUCCAGCAUUCGGCAGGAGAGUGCAGGUCGGGCUGGUGCUCGGGACAUCAAGGCGGAAUGACGGUGAUGGUGGAUGCAAAUGGUCAGCAGCAAUCCUACUCCGGUGAUGCCUGGGCGUCCCAUUCUUGCAAGCAGAUGGCGGCUUACAGCGCUAUCUCGGACACCUUCCUCCUUGGCACAGCUGGUGACGCAUAUCCAGAUGCGCUGGUCUUCUCAACCCUGAAGGACGAUGUCCUCCUGAAAACGGCGAGUUUUCAGAGUUGGGGUGAUGGCGCAGGCUCCCAAGGCAUCAGCAGUGGCGCCAUUAAGGCAGACCUGACGGGCGGCUUUGGAGCUGUCUGGACCUAUGGAGAGAAGGGUGGAAUUCAAGACAAGCUCUACUUCGCGACCUUUGCCGCCGAUGGCAGCUUUGUGACUGAUCCGCGGCCCCUGUUCGAUGGUUCCGGCUCAGAGAUCGGCGGUAACCUGGUCCCGCUUUCAGAUGGAAACUGGCUCGUGGCCUUCGCAGAGUCAGCUACGGAUGUCAUCCCUGACUACUUGAGGACGCUUUGGGAUGACUGGUCGCUUCCGGAG